UGGCAAAUUCCAUCUAUAAAAAAGGCGUAGAUCUCCAAACCCUAGCCUCCUUGUCUUUUGUUCAGCGAACAAUUUUAAUUUCAACGCUUCCAAGCUUUUUCCAAAUUCUCUUUCAAGAUGCAAAUCUUUGUGAAAACCCUCACUGGCAAGACCAUCACCCUUGAGGUGGAGAGUUCUGACACCAUUGACAAUGUGAAGGCUAAGAUCCAGGACAAGGAAGGGAUCCCACCAGAUCAGCAAAGGCUUAUCUUUGCUGGCAAACAACUUGAAGAUGGUCGCACGCUAGCUGACUACAACAUCCAGAAGGAGUCCACCCUCCACUUGGUUCUUCGUCUUCGUGGUGGCAUGCAAAUUUUCGUCAAGACUCUCACUGGAAAGACAAUUACCUUGGAGGUUGAAAGCUCUGACACAAUUGAUAAUGUCAAGGCUAAGAUCCAAGACAAGGAAGGAAUCCCCCCAGACCAGCAGAGGCUUAUCUUUGCUGGAAAGCAGCUUGAAGAUGGUCGUACGCUGGCAGACUAUAACAUUCAGAAGGAGUCUACCCUCCACCUGGUGCUUCGUCUUCGAGGUGGCAUGCAAAUCUUUGUCAAAACCCUUACUGGCAAGACAAUUACCCUUGAGGUUGAGAGUUCUGACACCAUUGACAAUGUGAAGGCAAAGAUCCAAGACAAGGAAGGGAUUCCACCAGACCAGCAAAGGCUUAUUUUUGCUGGAAAGCAGCUUGAAGAUGGCCGCACCCUAGCUGACUACAACAUUCAGAAGGAGUCCACCCUCCACCUGGUACUUCGUCUCCGAGGUGGCAUGCAAAUAUUUGUUAAGACUCUCACUGGUAAGACAAUUACCUUGGAAGUUGAGAGCUCAGAUACCAUUGAUAAUGUGAAAGCCAAAAUUCAGCACAAAGAGGGUAUCCCACCAGACCAGCAGAGAUUGAUUUUUGCAGGAAAACAGCUUGAAGAUGGAAGGACUCUUGCCGAUUAUAAUAUCCAGAAGGAGUCAACUCUCCAUUUGGUUCUCCGCCUUCGUGGUGGUAUGCAGAUUUUUGUGAAGACUCUGACUGGAAAGACUAUAACUUUGGAGGUUGAAAGUUCAGACACCAUUGACAAUGUGAAGGCAAAGAUCCAAGACAAGGAGGGUAUCCCCCCAGACCAGCAAAGGCUCAUCUUUGCUGGCAAGCAGCUUGAAGAUGGGAGGACAUUGGCUGACUAUAAUAUCCAAAAGGAGUCAACUCUUCAUUUGGUGUUGCGACUGCGUGGUGGCAUGCAGAUCUUUGUGAAGACCUUAACUGGAAAGACAAUCACUUUGGAGGUUGAAAGUUCAGACACCAUUGAUAACGUGAAGGCAAAGAUUCAGGACAAGGAAGGGAUCCCACCAGACCAGCAGAGGUUGAUUUUUGCUGGGAAGCAGCUUGAGGAUGGGAGGACUCUUGCAGAUUAUAACAUCCAGAAGGAGUCUACUCUGCAUCUUGUUCUUCGCCUUCGUGGUGGUUUCUAAGUUUUAAAGCUUAGAAUCUGGUUAAGCAAUUAAGGUGUUUGGUUGUUGGCCAUUUGGCUUUAAAUAACAUCACACACUCAUUUGGAUUAGAUAUUUGGUUUAUCGUUUAUGACUGUGUUGUGGUGCUGAACCUUUUGUGGGUAUGUUAGAUAUAUAAUAUAUUUCCUGUUAUAAUGUCUUCUUAUACUUUUGGUUUGUUGGUUUAUGGAUCUUUAUCGAUGUGCACUGCUGCUGCUGCUGCUGCUGCUUUUGUACUUGUCACCAUUACAUAUUUGAUAUGCUUCUGGUGUGUGAUACCUUCAUAUCUUAUGCUGCUUCUGGUUUGCCAGUUACUGCGGCAAGUUAUCUUUCUUCAAGAGUGGGAGGUAUUGCAGAGAUGAUAUGCCUUUUUUUUUUUGGUUGUUGUAUGGUAGGAGAGAUGAUAUAAUUUCUA